GGACAAAACUGUAACAUGAAGGUAGCAGCUGGUUGGAAGGUGACGCCCUGCAGCAUUGAGGCGGAGGGAGCGGUUCCCCCGCGGAACUCAGCGCCGGUUGCAUUUGUUUCAGGCCGGCGGGUUUACGGCGCUGGACUCGCUUUCCUCCAAUCAGAGGGAGAGGGGGCGGGGGGACGAGGUCCGCCCCCGGAUUUGCUUCCCCCGGAGACUCUGCGGUCACGGGGAGAGGGGCUGGAGCUGCCCCCGUUACCGGGAGCCAUGAGCGGGGCCGCCAGCUCCUUGCGCCGCUACCCCCAGCUCCCGGUCUGGGUGGUGGAGGACCAUCAGGAUGUGGUACCGUUCAUCUAUCGAGCGAUUGGUUCAAAGCAUUUGCCAAUUGAAAAUAUUGCUCUGGUUCACCUGGAUUCACACCCAGAUCUUCUCAUCCCAGUUGACAUGUUAGCUGACAGUGUUUUUGAUAAGGAGUUACUUUUUGGAGACCUGAGCAUUGAGAACUGGAUCAUGCCUGUUGUUUACGCUGGCCAUUUCUCUGAUGUCUUUUGGCUUCACCCUCUCUGGGCCCAGCAGAUCACCGAUGGGAAGCACCACUUCUUUGUUGGUAGAGAUUCAUCAACGAAAACCAUCAGGGUUACAAGUGGCGAGAGCUACUUUCUGAGUGAUGGACUGUACGUAUCGGAAAGUCUGCUGGAGAACAGGAAGCAGUUAGGAUUACAGGUCAUUCCAAUAGACCCAGGUGAGCAGAGCAGAGAUGGCUGUGAAGAACUGGAGGAAAUCAGAACAUCAGCCGCCAAGAAACCAAAAAUGGAGCAGUUAACCAACAUAGAAGGGAUGCCCGGGGCUCUGUGUGCCUCCUCAUCCAAAGAGAACAAUCCACCAUCUAAGUACGGAUCUGAUGAUAACAACAUUUGUCCAGUUACACACUCCACAACUGACAGACACACACAGGAAACCAGUCCAACCCCCACAGCAGCAACAAGUGCUCAGACUGUGCAACAGGAGAAGGAAAUGGUUAAGGAUCUUCUUCAUGUCUUGGACAAAAGAGAUGCCUUCAUCCUGGAUAUUGACUUGGAUUUCUUUUCAGUUAAAAAUCCCUUCAAAGAAAUGUACACCAAGGAGGAAUAUGAAAUUCUUAAACAGUUGUACAGUUUUAACAAACCUGAUCGGGAAGACUCUGAGGAGGCCUUGAUCGAUUGUGUGGAGGCUCGCACAAGACAGUUGGAAGAUAUGGAAGCUGCAUUUGCAGAUUUGUGUGAAGAUGAUAGCGAAGAAAGUGUACAGAAGUGGGCAGCAAUCCCUGGCCUGGAAAAACUCACUCAGCUUGUGCUUAGCCUUAAGGAGAGACUGGGAACACCUGACUAUGAAAUGGUUCACCAGGCGGGGCUAACGUGUGAUUAUUCGGAACUUCCGCACCACAUUAGCACUGAGGAAGAGAUAAACAAACACAUGGCUGCUGUAAAACGGUUACUUAAAGUUUUGCCCAGGCCAACUCUCAUUACUAUUGCAAGGUCCAGUCUAGAUGAUUACUGUCCACCUGAACAGGUAGACUCUAUUCAAGAGAGGAUGUUAAAGGUACUACAUUGUUGCUAUGGGUCGUUAGACGUCCAUUUGGAAUACUGAAUUUUGUCAGAUGCUAUGUCCCUCUGUCUGAACCAGAGAGUGCGUACAGCCUUCAGUCUCAUUUCCAGAAGAGAGCAUCAAAAUAGGAGCAGGAGGAGGCCAUUCGCCUCACCAUGAUUCAAGUCGAUCCUGGGCUUCAACUCCACGUUCUAAAGAGAAUUUUAUUUAAUAAAUUAUAAUUUUAAUGACA